AUGAAAACAGAACUUUACAGGCAGGCGACAGCGACAUCAUUCAUCCACGAACUCUAUUCUACUAUCACUACCGCUCCCCUACUUGCUUUGGCAGCACCUACACCUGCCAAUAGCCAACUUGCCAAGAAGGCCGAAGCCGAGAGUUUCUUUCUCCAAACCGAUGUCGGUUGGUUCGACGGUGGCGAUAAGAAACGUGCCAUUUCCGAGAAACGCUCUACCAAAAAGCGUGCUCCAGUUGACGUCGACGUUGACGCUGAAAGCUUCUUCCUUCAAACAGACGUUGGGUGGUUUGAUGGCGGAGACAAGAAGCGCGCUUCAAUCUAA